CACACUCGCCUCACUCAGAAGCCUCCUUCCCUGUAUAGUCCCCUUUUUCUGGUCCGCAGUCACUGAGUACUUAGUAAUGAAGUGACCUAAGGACAGCUUAGUUAGGGCUUGUUGGAGAACGGCCCAACUUACUCUUUCAGUUGAGGAAAAUUAUGAGCAAGGCUGAUUCCUCUGACUCUGCCCCUGGAACAACAAAAUAGAACAGGUUUGGCUAACCUAGCAUAGAGGUUCUGGAUGCAUUUUACGGGAGGUGAAGAUAAUGGGACGCCUCAGGUGCGCAUCACAUAUCCAGUUUUGGAUUCGUGCAACUCGGUCAUGCCGUUACAAAGUAUUUUCCGUCAAUGGUUCCAAUUUGAUCGCGUUGCCCUCGGCACUGAUGUCGCAUCAUUGCUGCGCAAAAAGCUUGAUGAAAAAAGGGACGUUAGAGAACUUGCUGUUUACACGGAUGUCAGUGUCCGUGCUUUUGCGAGACUAGAAAGACGAUCGUCAUUUUUUCACACUGGCCUCGAAAUCCGUCAACGGCAUAUUUCACAGCGAGAGCGACGUGAACCGGGAGGGCCUGUUUGGACUCGACUGCUUCAAUUUCAGAGCGCCCCUCAGCACCUUCAAGAGCGGUUCAAGUCAAUAGACUUUACAAAUCGGCGAAGCCUUGACAGUGUUUCCAAAUCUUGGCUUCAAGAGGACGAAGACCGUUACAACUCUUUUAACCUUGAACUGCUCAAUGACGAUGUGGUUGUCACCAAGGUUGACCCCCUCAGAUUCGCUGGACCUGUCAUUUUCGGGGUGCUCAUGCGUUCGGAAUACUUAUGGGGUCCGAGUCAGGGGCUGAACGUGUACUAUGGCGCAGUCACUCUUUCCCUUCUAGACGAUAGCAAGAAGUCGUCAUUGAAGAAGAACAAGGUGGAGAAUCGGAGGAUUAUGAACUUGGAAUACGCGUCUCAACAAUUCUCUCCACAUGUAAUCUACGGUUGCAAAAAGAAUGGUCUCUGGUCUCCUGCGCAUUUCAGUUCCGAAUCCAAUGACCUCGAGCACGACCAGUUUAGGUUAUAUGGCGACUAUCAAAAGAUAGGAGUAGGAGCUGAUAAAAUGCGUAGGCGAUACACUGUUUGCAUGCUCGUUAAGCAAUGGGUGGUUGGGAUUGGCUUUUCUUCACCUGCUCAAGUAACAACUGAAUUCGUACGCCUAGAUCAAAAAGAUUCAGCAUGGCCCGGAUUUCUCUUCCGCGUGGAAAAGGAGACAAAUCCCUUUACUAUCGUCAUCCCUACGGCAGAGUUAUGGGAAAGGCUCAGAUGGCAAGAGAAAGAAGAGUUGGCAAGAGAAAGACGAGGAUUCUACGAAUUGACAGAGGCCGAUAGGACCAGACAGCAGAGCAGAUCGUGGCGGAGAGCAUUGCAAUAUCUCACGCCCGUCUACGUGAAGACGAAGAGAGGCCAAACAAGAGAAUCAAGGGCGAUAAUGAGGAUGUAG